AUGCCCUAAUGGCAAAUUUUUAGGAGAGCUUUUUAUAAGCAUUUAAAAACUUUAAAAUUGGAUCAAUAUUAACAAUGGAGAUGGCACAAUCACUUUUAAUAGGCUGAUACAACUUUCAAACCUAUUAUAAUACUCUAAAUCAUCUUCAUUGUAAUUAGACUGUCUAUUCUUGCAAAUAACUUGUACAUCUAAAUAACCUUGGCAAUAUAAAUAUGCAUUCAUAUUUUCUUAUUUCUAUCACUUUCGAAAGCCAUUUCGGAUGAAUCACAUUUCUUCAUUUAAUUAUUACCUCUUAUUCAACAAUAUUGCAUGUAUUGGAUUUGCUAUAUAAUCUAGGAGAAGGACUAUUUUAUGCUCUAUGUUACAAUAUCCAUUAUUUAUCAAAGCAUGUAAUCAACUUUAUACAUGAAAUUUUUAACAAUUGUAUUGUUUUUUUUUCAGAGCAUCUUCCUUGCUAACUUACCUUCAAUUGAAGGAUUGUGCCUUUCAACCAUACUUAUAAUCUUUUAAAUUUUGAGAAAGGAGUUCUGUUAUUUACAACAUUUUCAAAAUUUAUAAUCCUUAUUUAUGAUAAUCGAUUCAACUCCUUAAGCUAUGUGCAUUGUUCAUAAAGAUAAAAAUUUCCUACUUUAUUCAAAUAAAAUAUUUGACAAUUUAGCUAACAAAUUAGAAAGUACAAAUUAAAGUGAGACUGAUUAAUCACCAGAUAAAGCAUCUACUGUUCAUUCUGCUAGAAAUUAAUUAAAUUUUUUAUAAAACCUAUAAUUGGAUGAAUUGAAUAAUGAUUAGACAGUCUUUGAUUUCGAUGAUGAUGAUCUUGAUUUAGAAGAUUAAUAUAAGAUUAAACAUGUAACUUAUUGUAAAGAAAAAACUUAAUUAUUAUCUUAAAAUCGAUUUUUUGCAGAAAUAUCAAAAGCACCCCCUAAAAAUCACAAAUAAUAAUAAAAAUUUUUUUAAUCAUUUAAGAAUUAAGAAGAUGACAGUUUAAUAAAAAAGAAAUUCACAUCAGAUGUAACAAUGAAGAUUGAAUUUAAUAAUUCUCCUUAAAUAAUGUUUAAUUCAACACGAAAAUAAAAUUCUCCUAAAAGAUCUUAGAAUCAAAUCAGAUUAAAUAAAUCUUCAAUAUAUAUGAGUCCUAGUCGUAAAAUUUCGUAUGAUUAACUUUUAUCGAAAGAAAGCAAAGAACAUCAUAAUUCGAAUCACAAAUAAUCUUUAUUAGAUUUGAAUUUAAUUCAAAAAGUAAAGCCUACUAUUAAUCAUAAAAUGAAAUUUCUAGUAAAUGUUUUGGAAAAUUGUAGAUUAUUUGAUAAUGAUGAUGGUUUGCAAAUAUAUUUCAUUCAUGAAAUCAAUUAAAUUCUCUUAAGAGCAAAACUUAAGAAACUCGAAUCAAUAAAGAAGAAUAUUCUGAGAUCUAUUUCUCAUGAAUUGCUUACAAAUUUGAAUGCCAUUUACGGAUUUAUAAAAUAAUGUUAAGACAGACAAUUUUUAUAAGAAUCUUGUUCAUUAUAAUUAGAAUAAGCUUUGCGUUAUACAAAUCUGUAAUUAUAUAAGAUUUAUGAUUUUUUUGAUUAUAGAGACAUAUUAGAGGAGGGUCUGAUUAUGAAAUCAGACAAAUUUGAAAUAAAUACUGUAAUUUGGGAUUGUGUUGAUUUAUUAAAAGAUUAGAUAGAGAGGAAAUUUAUAUCAAUAAAUGUUGAAUUGCCAGAAGUUUCUUAUAUAAUAAUAGGAGAUCGACAAAGAUUGUGUUAAGUAUUAAUAAAUUUGAUUGCUAAUGCAAUAAGAUUUACUUUAUAGGGAGGGAUUACAAUAAAAGUGUAGAAAAAGGAAUAUAUAGAUUCAAUGUAAGGAAUUGAAGAUGUACAUUCAUUUAAUUUUUAAGAUACAAAUUUGUUAUAAGUUUCUAUAAGUGAUACUGGUAUAGGAAUGAGUGAAAAUGAACUAUGUAUUUUACGGAAGAAGGUAUUAAUAAUGUAGUAAAGAUUAGUUACAUCUUUCUGAUGAAGAUGAGAAAGUGUCUAAAUAAUCAGUAGGUAUUGGUUUAGGUUUAUCAGUUUGUAAAUAGAUAAUCAAAUUAUUGGCUCCAAUGCAUUAAAAUCAUCUUUCUGUUGAAUCAUAAUUAGGUGAGGGAACUUAAUUUUAUUUCGUGUUGCAAUAUGAUGAAGAAUAAAUUCAUUAAGAACAAAGUAAUUUAUAAAAUUCAUUUAUCCAUACUAUUCCUUUUUUAGAAUAAUAAAGUACGCAAUAAGUUCGUGUCUUAAAUUAUAAGAAAAGUGGUAAGACAUAUAUAGGAGAGAAAUUAGCAAAUAUAGAAACUAAUAUUUGUAAAUGCAAAAAAACAUUGAUUGUCGAUGAUGAAUAAUUUAAUAUCCAUAUCCUUUCCCAUCUUAUGAAAUAAUUUGCUUUCGAUGUUGAUUUUGCUUUCAAUGGUAAAUAAGCUAUUGAAAAAAUAGAAGUUUAAUUAGCAAAUCGAUGCAAUAAAUCCACUUGCAUUGGAUAUAAAUGUAUAUUAAUGGAUAUAAAUAUGCCAAUUAUGAGUGGUUGGGAAGCUGUUUAAAGAAUUAGAUAAAUUGAAUAUAAAAUAUAGUUGACUAGAACUAUACCUGUCAUUGCAGUUACUGCUUUUUGUAGUAUUCAAGAUUAAUAAAGAAGUAUUCAUGAAGGUUUUAAUACUGUAUUAAUCAAACCUAUAACAAAAGAGAAACUCUUUGAUACUUUUCAUCGACUCAAUAUUUGA